AGACGACACACCCCUUUAUGCAUGAAGUUGGGCACGCCCCCAGCAUGGAAACAGCUUCUCGUCGACUCGGCACAUUGACCUGUCACAAUGCAGGAGACAACUAGGGAAAUAUCACUGGGAUGGAGUAUGUUCAUUUGGCUACAGAAAGAAAGAAAAGUUAUCAUCAUUUCAUAACUGUUUAAUUUCCAAAGACCGGAAAGGGAUUCAUACUCGACGUGUUUACGUUUAGAUUUUAUUUUGGGAUCUAGGAUGGCAAUUCCAUGGAGAAGCCGGUAACAUGUAUUAUGUGAGUUGUUUCCUAUUGAUAGAAUACUGAGACCAAAGCUUCCUCCAUAAUCACAGCAAGGGAUCAAACCCGACUGAAAUCCUUUAUACCAGAACAUAGUUGUUAUAUUUGAAUGUCACCAAUUACGCAUCGGUGUUCCGUUUGAAGGGAUAUGGAUCAUUUCGCCGCGGAGUGCCUUGUGUCUAUGUCCAGUCGGGCUGUCGUUCACCCUAAAGAGAACAGAGAGUUCAAAACAGAACCAGCCUGCUAUCCAAGGAACGAUGGAGAAGACAUGGUCAAAGACAACUCCUCUCUUUUCGUGGUGGCGAGGAUUCUAGCGGAUUUUAACCAGCAGGCACCCACGACCACUAGCGUUAUUGCCGAGCAGGCACAAAUAGCAGAAGGGUGCGUAUCGCCAGCUCCAGUCACAGAGGAUGGGAAUACAGCCACACCUAUCCUCGUCAGCCCCGCCGCCGACCUCACACAAAGAGGCAGUAAACGUGUCAGAGGUCGAUCCGAACCGGAAUCGCCUCAGAAAAAGCACAAAUGUCAUUAUUCAGGUUGUGAAAAAGUUUACGGGAAGUCGUCCCACCUCAAAGCUCACCUAAGGACACACACAGGUCAGUUCCCUUUAAAACAAUUUACAUUCAAAUACAUUAUUUACAGUGAUAUUAAACUCCCCAUUAUUUAUUUUGUUCGGUUUCACUAGUAGCCUAGUCUUGUGAAGAACUGGGUGUGAAUAGUGACCCUAAAUUGGAUGAGAGCCAACGCAUUGAUGCAAUGCACAACGUGUCACACAUACGGUCGCUCACGGUUAACUAUUCUAUUGAUCCGUUUGCACAUAAAACGCUUUUUUUUUAAAACACAUGAUCUAACUAUUCUGUUAAUAUACAAUUAACCCUGUAAACAUCCCUCUCUGAAACACUGUUAAGAGCUGCAGCGAAUGAGAGAGCUGCGUUACAUUGUAGCCUGUAUUUACUGGCCGGUGGAUAAGUUGAGCGCGUGGAGAAAACACUCAACUCAAUGACCUGCUGUAUGGCUGAUGUAGAACAGCAGGUGCAGCGUAAUGGGAUUCAUACAACCCGACUAUACCACUAUGGGCUUUGUUUCAGUUGAUAGAAAAACACAAGAAACACCGUGCACAUA